CAAAAUGUGUCAGCUUUCCAUCGUAAUCUUACUAAGUUUUAUACCAUUUGCACUACUUCAGACUGAAGACCCACAUUUGUGCGAAAAAUAUGUUACAGUUCACUAUAUGGUAAGGGAGCGUACCCCUUUGCAAGACUAUGGCAAAUUUGCAGAAGACUUCACCAGAUUGAAUAUUCAAGGUGCAAUGCGAAAUGUGAUCAAAACAAAACUGGAAGUUCGCAAAAAUUGCUGUCCCGGCUAUGCAAAAUCUGAUCAAUUAGGACUUGGCUGCCAACCAGUUCAAACAACAACUGACAGCACAACUGGAACCUGGACCGAUUCGGACGAGACAACCACUUUGGAUAUAGUUACCAAUAGCAUCUCACCUCAACAAAAACCAAGCGAAAUCGAUGAAUGGAUUUCCAUAUGUGCCACAGCCUUGGUAUUAACUACGAUAGUCGUAAUAACUCUAUUGUCUUUGUGUUUCAUACGGCGAAGAAGAAGAUUAAAUGUUAAUAAUGACAUGCAUGAAUCUGGCAACGAACUUGAGGCUCGUGUAGGAUUAUUUUCUGACUCAUUAAGAGAUUCAUAAAAUGUGUAUCCAAGUAUUA